AUUUAUCAGCAGCCCGGUGACAGACAAAAUAGCUGAGUGUGUCAGGCUUCCAUAUUUAACCUUGGAAGAGUCUCAGUAGCUGCAUUUACAAACAAAUAGUGGCUUAUACGAGGCCCCAAUCAAUGUAAGUUGAUAUUUAACUGUUUGCUGUGCAAAUGCCAAUCUUUGACUCUGAGGAAUUCUGCCAUCCACGGUCACUUAGUCGCUCCUUUUUUGGACAAGGCAGCAAGUUUUUUUCUAUUUAAAUUUAAGGCAAAUUUCCAGUUGUUCUUGGUUCUUCUGACAGAGUGUGAAUAAUUAAGGAGACAGUUUAAGACCUGCAGAAAAUAUAAAGAUAAACAAAGUUUUACGUUGUAAGGACAUGGACCUCCGUCUGACACUCCUGUUGAUCUAUGUCUGCAGCCAUGGAGUCACUAGCAUUGAGGUGACGGAAGAUGUGUCAGUUCCCCUGGUGCCUCUUAUUCCUUUAAUGCCAAGCCAGCCUAUAGAGAACACAGAUAAUGAAAGUACAGCACAACCAGAAAUUGCAGAUAACACAGAAGCAACAGCAAUUGUGAGUCCGCCCAACGGGGACUCGUCAGAAGAAGUGCAAGAAGAGGGCUGUCAGUCCAUCGGCCGGAGCCCAGAAUCGAGGGGGGCCAUCGCUGCUUCCGUUCAGCGGCUGGGUGUGCAGCUGCUGCAGAACCUGCAAACGACGCCAGAGCAGCCAAAUGUCAUCAUAUCUCCUUUCAGCAUAUCACUAGCCCUGUCCCAGCUGGCUUUAGGUGCAGUAAAUGAGACAGAGGAGCUGCUGAUGCAUCAUCUCCACCAACACACUCUCCCCUGUUAUCACCACGCUCUGCAUAACGUCUUAAUGCAGCUCAGAAACAACGAUCUGCAAAUUGCCACACGCAUCUUCCUGCGCCAAGGGUUUGAGCCAAAGCAAGACUUCAUAAACGAAUCCCAGCGGUUAUACGACUCAGAUCCAGCUGUGUUGGAGAGCUUGGAGCAGAUCAAUGAGUGGGUGGAGAAGGCGACACAAGGAAAGAUGACUGACUUCCUGUCUGCUUUACCACCCAAUGUGCUCCUCAUGCUGAUCAAUGCUGUCCAUUUCAAAGGUGAAUGGAAAGCUCGAUUUGACCCGCGCUUCACCACCAGAGGCGUCUUCUACCUUGACGACAAGCGCAUGGUUGACGUUGAAGUGAUGGAAGAUGCCAAACACCCUUUGAGUUUUUAUAUUGAUAAUGAACUGGAAGCUCAGGUGGCGAGAUUCCCAUUCCAAAAGUCCAUGAGCCUGUUGGUGGUCAUGCCUUUGUCCGGCCAAAUAAACGUGUCUUCUCUCCUCCCAAAACUCAAUAUCUCGAGCCUGUAUGAGCAUCUGCCUAAGGAGAGGGCAGUUCAAGUUAAAGUCCCUAAAUUCAAACUGGAGUAUGGUCAAGAGUUACAGGAUGUUUUUACCAAACUUGGCCUGGGAGAACUGUUCUCCAGUCCCAACUUGUCUGAUAUGGCGGAUGGCCCCCUGCUGGUGUCCAGUGUCAUACACAAGUCCAGCAUGGAGAUUAAUGAGGAGGGUGCAGAGGCUGCUGCAGCUACCACUGUGAUCAUCUCCCGCGCAUCCAACCCCUCUUUCCACCUCACCCAACCCUUCUUCUUUGCCCUCAUGGACGAUAUGACUCAAGUACCCACCUUCAUGGGCAUCAUCAACAACCCCAACCCCGGAGCUCCUGUGAUGCAGAGAGGAGAAUCUGGAAACAAAGAUAAAGUGGGAUUCCCAAUUGACAAGAAUCAAGUUGGCGCAUUUGGAGGCCCACCUAAGUAGGGACUGGUAACCUGCCUGGGUUUCCCAGUGAAACUCAGACCAAGACCUUCAUGAUGUACAGAUUAAAUGUACAAUGUCACUUAGCUGGAUCAAAGUCUACAAACAAGUAUUCCCUUCAAUAGUCAAAUAUUCCUAUACAAAAUAAUUAUAACUUUCCUGCAUUAUAUUACAUGUCCGGGUCAGGAGACUCAAGAAAUGGUUUAUACACAGAGUAAAUUAUCUGCUUUUCUUUUAUUUGAUAUCUUAUAGUUUCCAUGGUGUCAGCUUGUAAAGCCAAACUGAAAAGUGUACAGCAUCAGUGUGCAUGAAGUUGACUUUUAAAAUGUGUUAUGUAAUGGCAUAAUAAACUGAAUUGAUCUGGAUCACA